UGGGUUGGUAAUUAGUCAUUGGUUGUGUUCCUUUUCCUACCAGUAAUAGUGCUAAAUAUUUCGCCACAGGGUCUAAGUUCAACUAAACAUUGUGGAAUUUAUUUUAGGUGAGAAUGGGAGGUACCAGGUGUACAAGUACAUCUCAUUAGUUACGUGGCCUAGUUGAGAAAAUAGGAUAGUAUGCCAGCUGUGGAGUUGCUUUCACCUUUGCUUUCAACACUUGUCUAACCAGAAAAGGCAUUUUGAGCUGGUUUAACCUGGGUGCCACCUAGUGGCUGGAUUAAGUCUCAUGUUAGAGACAAGGCAUGCCUUGUAUAGUCAAUAUAGCGCAAACGACAUGAUGGAUUUGUAGCCCCCACCCUAGACUCAUGUCUGAAAGGCAUGGAUAGGUGUAUACAAUAUUGCUGACAUUCUACAUAGCCUAUCAGAGGGCAAGGUGGAACUAUAACGGAUUUUGACAAAAUUCUAAAUCUGGUUUUCAGAGAUACAAUUAACUCAAUCUAGCUUCCUUUUCGGCUGAUAACUGGGUGUGAAGUCCGCUCAGGCAUUUUCUUUUACGCCAGCUACAUUAGGUUAGCUUAAACCAAGCCAAUCCUUUAAAGCCCCCAGUGUACUCUAAAUCCUGUUUUUCAUGUGUCAUAUUGUACAACAUCUGAUUGAAUGAACAAAGUGUAAAAAAAAAUACAAGCGCUGGUUGAAAAUAACAUAUAGACAGAACCUUCUCGGCAGGUUUGAAUGGGUGGGAAUUUCGUUUUGUCUAAUGACAUCACCAAUUGGGGAAUGGACCUAUAACUAGUAGGUAGGGGCCAAUUUGAGAUUGUGCAAACCUUCUGAAAAGGGAUUGGUUAACCCAGGAUUCCACCUGUUCUCAAUUAAGUAGUGAUUUUAACCUGGAGUUGUUUGGUCUUCUGUGAAGUUUGUAUGCUUACUGAUAUUGUAAAUUCUGAUUGCAGGUUAUCUUGUGUUUAGGUUCAUAUACAACACUUUUAUUUUUUAUCAACAUUUGUUGGAGAGCAUUUUUCCUGACUCGUAAACAGUCAAUCUAUUUCAUUCAACACUAUGGCUUCCUCCUGCCACAUGACAACAAUCAUUGAUUUGACCCAUGAUGGCACAGUACUUGAUGCAAUGGAAUCUACAUGCAAUGAUCUCCAUGCAUGUAAUCCCCAUCGAGAUGUGCUCUCAGAACUCUCCUCUAUUGCUUCCAUGCAGAGUGAGGUGUUGGACACCGCAGAACAGCAGCAGCAGAAACACCAGCAGUUGAGGGUCUACCUAAGGGUGAGGCCCUUUUCCAAGGAUGAGAUCUCCAGCAAUGAGGACCAGGGUUGUGUGGUUCUUGAAAAUGCCAGGACCGUUAUGCUGCAUGCGCCCAAAGGCUCUGCUACCAUGAAGAGCAGUGAGAAGGGUGUUGGCCAGGCGAUACACACAUUCUCAUUCUCUCAGAUCUUUGGGCCCGAGACGAAGCAGGCAGAUCUCUUCGAAGGCACCAUCAAAAGCCAAGUUCACGAUUAUCUGGAGGGGAAGAAUGCUCUAGUCUUCAGUUAUGGUGUGACCAAUGCAGGCAAGACCCACACAAUUCAAGGAUCCCAGAAAGACCCUGGUAUUCUCCCCCAGGCGUUGGAUGUCAUCUUCAGACACAUCAAAGGGAGACAGUAUGAGAAAAUGGAUCUGAAGCCGUACCUCGGUAGCGACGCUCAGUACCUAGGGCCUGACCAGGUCCAACAGGAACGAAACACCAAAGCAGCUAUAUUUGCUCUACUCAAAGAGGAAAAUGAACUCCCACGCGUCAGUCGAGUUUCAUCCCACUCGUCCUCUACUGGAAGCCUCUCCUUCUCAGUCUCCUACGAUAACACAGUUGAGUUUGUGGCUGCGUCUGGCGAUCGGGACCGGAGCCAGUUCGCCCUGUGGGUGUCCUUCUACGAGAUCUACAACGAGAGCGUGUAUGACCUGCUGCAGGCGUCGCCCACCUCCAAGACAAAGAGACGCACGGCCCUCCGCGUGUGUGAGGACAGUGUGGGAAACUCGUAUGUCAGAGAUCUAAAGUGGAUCAAUGUUCACAACUCCGAGGAGGCAUGCAAAAUUCUCAGAGUUGGAAAUAAAAACCGAAGUGCUGCUUCCACUAAGAUGAACCAUUCAUCAAGCAGAAGCCACAGCAUAUUUACCAUCAAAUUACUGAGAAUUGAUGGAACUGAGGUUCAGACGAUGUCAGAACUCUCUCUGUGUGACCUGGCUGGCUCGGAAAGAUGCGGAAGAACUAAGACAUUUGGGGAGAGGCUGAAGGAAGCAGGGAACAUCAACAACUCUCUGCUCAUCCUGGGGAAAUGCAUCGCUGCCCUGCGCAGCAAUCAGAGUGACAGGAUGAAAAACGGCUAUAUUCCCUUCAGGGAGAGCAAACUGACCCGUAUCUUCCAGUCCAUCUUCUGUGGGAAGGGCCGAGCCUCAAUGAUUGUGAACAUCAAUCAGUGUGCAUCCACAUAUGACGAAACUCUCCAUGUCAUGAAAUUUUCUGCCAUCGCAAAGCAGGUGGUCCAGCUGAUCCCAACAAAGUGUCUAGAGUCUCUGACCCCGCGGCUGGUGGGGCGCGAUGGGAAGCCUCUACUGAAGAACGGGGUCAUCGACGACCAGGCUCUAGAGAACUACCUGUCUGAAGAAGAGCUGCUGGAUGAGGAUGAAGCAGACAUGUCCAUUUUACCUCAGGAGGAUCUCAUGAAUGUGAUCGAGAAUCUCAGGACCAAGCUCCUGGCUGAGCGACGGAAGAACUUGGUCCAGGAGAUUGACAUCCGCAAGGAGAUGGGAGAUGCCAUGCUGCAGCAACUCAUGGAAAGCGAAGAACUCAGGAAUUGUCAGGUGGCUGAGCUGAAGGAGAGUUACCAGGAGAAGCUGGAGAACACAUUUGAGAUGUACAAGGAUGCCCUAAAGGACCAUGCCUACCAGCGAGCGCUGGAGCGCGUAGAGGAUGAUUACGUACCCCUUGAGGAGUUCAUCGCUGAGCAGGAGAAAGUAGAGGCACUAGAACAGAAGCUGUCAGGUUCCACAGUGGGUUCAUCUAUGGUUCCAACCAAAGAGAACUCGAGCCAGACAGAGAGCGUCUCACAACCACCACCUGUGGCUAUGCAGGAAGGGUUAACGGUCUCAGCAGGGGACGUCCUCACAGCUGUUUCCAAAGACGCAGAGCAACGCAAACUCCUUUUGAAAGAGAGUGCGAUGGAGAAACUCGGUGAGCAGAAAGAGCUGAUUGUGUCUUUGCAAAAAAGGAUUGCUGUUCUGAAUGAUGCACUACAUGAGGCCGGAGAGCGCUUCUUUGAAAAAACGUCAGAAAUAGAAACUUUACAUAAGAAGCUAGCUGACCAGGCACAUGAUCUGGAGAGUAUAGGUAAGGGCAGUCUGGAGAAGGACAAAGAACUAGCGUUGUUAAAAGAAGAGCUGGCCAAGCUAUCCCAGCAGUCCCCUGUCCAGUCCAAGCCCAAGCGGGGUUUCAUGGCCAACAUUAGGGAAUCUGUGACAUCGCCACGAACAAGCACCAUUGCCAGGACACUGAGGAAAUCUGUCCGGACCACACCCUUGCUGAAAAGGCCCUUCCACUAACUACAGUCCUCCCCCGUUUUUAAAAAUGUUUAGGGCUCUUUUCAAUCUGUCUCGCUGAAGUGUUACAGAUUGCGUGAAAUAAAAUGAUUUCCAAUUGCUUUGACAUGCAGUGUUUACAGUGAAUGCGGUCUCUGCAAUUUGGGAACAUUUCCAUUUCAAUCACAAUUUAAUGCUGAACUUCAGCGAUGUGGAUUGAAUAGAGCCCUUCAGUUUUUUUUUGUUCUAACUCUUAAAUAAAAUUCUACUGAAUA